UAUAUCUUUACAAAGGUCUAACAAAGGUUCGAGUCAUUGGGACAUGAUGUUUGUGGGAGGAGCAUGUAAUAUGGAUAUUCACCCUUGUCCAUGACAAAGUAUGUUUAAUACUACAUGUUUGACAAACGACACAGUGUGAACGAGAACAUAUCACAUGUGGCGAACACAGAAUUGGUCCGAGUGUAAAAGGACUUGUGUGUGGAUUUCACCUUGAGGGGAUAUACAGCUCAUCGUCAUCAGCUGGCCACCAUAAACAGGAUAAUAACACCGUUUGUCACUGCACAAACCACACUCAUGGGUGAUUGGCGGAAGUGAAAGGAAGUCCAUAGCUUUAGAUCGUCAAUUGCAGAUAUCAUCCGAUCUAACUGGGUCAUCCAAUGUUCCCGCUGGGCACAAAGUAAACAAUUCAAAUAACAAAGAUCUGAGCUAACCACCUGGCACUGCACAUUACAAACACAAAGAAUUGAACACAUUCAAGGCAACCUACAUCAGCAGCAGAGUGAAACGGUCAUCACAUCAACAAAAGUACUUUGAACAACUUUUGAAAUCAGAAAAAAAUAUUGAAAAAGGUUACCAACUUGCAUUGCAUAUGCCAGCCAAUGAAAAACAAGAACAGUUUGAUGUAUUGAUAAAGGAUUGACAGAAGGUCAUCGAGACUUGUUAAAAAAAACUUAUUUGUGAAAGUGAAGACAAUCCACAGCAAGGAUGAUGUAUGUUGUGUAUUUCUACGGAGAUGGAAAACUGGUCCUACGCAAUGUCCAUCAGGCUAGCUCAGGAUGCCCAUGUUGCGGACGUGGAUGGUAACACGUAAUUUUCACAAAGGAUGCAUGACAACAGUGAGUGGAAUAGAAGUGUGCACAGAAACAAUUACUGGAGGCCAUCACAAGGUUUGUAUCUCCCAAACGAGGAUAGAAGGUGGGAGCCAAAUGGAAGAUCUGCAGCUCAUGGUUUUCCAAGAUACUCUGAUAGCUACCGACACAGGCACACAGACCAGAGAUCACAUGAUUUCAAGUGGCACAGUUACCCAAGACAUUCAUGCCAGGGUCAAAGUUUUGGCGCAGCAAUACAACCUUCCAUGCCUAUGGCUCCAAGACAUAGGAAAAGGAAGGGUAGAGACAGAGGUGGGAGUCGCCCAUUUCCUUCUAAACUAGUUGAAAAGAUUACAGGUGACAGCACUGCUGCUUCCACAGUUUCAUCAUCAUCUUCACAUACAUCUUCAUCACACAAUAAAGAUUCAGCAAGCACUCUGUCAUCCACAAAGCAUCAAUCUUCAUCAUUGAGUUCACAUAAGUUCUUUGGUGCAAAUCCUUCAUCAAGGCCAGAUGACAACCGUUCUAAAAGUGGUGAAAGUUCAAUGCAGGGAGCUUCACUUAAUCUGAACCUUCAUUCUGCUGAUGUGCCAACUAGACCACCUGUUUCUUCAUCAGGGACUAUAUCCAAAUCUUCAACCUCAUCCUCUUCCACUGCCGUUGCAACAGCAGCAUCAACAAGUUCCUCAUUAUCUUCAUUGUCAUCCUCAACUAAACUCCCUAAGUCCUUACCAAAUAUUGCUCAAACACACUCUGUGUCAGUAUCAUCAAAUAAUCUUCCCAAAGUAAAGAUUCUGAAACACAGUUCUCCAGCUACUUCAAAGCCAAUACCAAUGUCUACUCUUGCCUAUUGUGAGAGUAUUCCUCAACUAAGGGAUGUACUACACAAAACACCUGUAGUUAUGCUUGAGAGAUUGACAGAAAAACUUAUCAGAAUGCAACUGAAACACAAUGGUCUCUGUUUAAAAGGAGACUGGCACAAAAUGUUGCAUAAGCAGCGUAAGAAAAAUAGUGAUGUCCAGAAAAAAGCUGAGAAAAAGCAGAAGAAAAAAUCGUUAAAGUUGAUAUUUUCUUUGAAUUCUAAGGGCAUGCUUGAUAAGAAAAAACACAAGAUUAAGAAGGACAGUUUUAAUCACAAGAAUAAUAAAAAUGAAAUUUUGAAUUCAGAAAAUAUGCUUGACACAAAAGAUAGCAUAACUAGCUCCUCACUGUUAGUUGAUCCAAAAGUUAUGUCACUUUCCCGUCCAUUACAAUCUGCAUACAGCAAUAAUGCCUCCAUGACCAAUAUGCCUUUCAAAAAUUCAGGGAGAGUGAAAACUCCAUCCAAGACAUUUCACCCCAAACCAACAGGACCCUUGCCCAAACACAUGCAGAUGUUUGACCUGGAUAAGCUGAGGACAAAACUGAAAGGUGCUAACUUUGGUGGUUCUGGCAGAAAGCCUGGACCUUUCUUGGAAACAAACUUAGAUAUUCAUAAUACUGAGAUAUUAAGAUCAUCAUCAGAUGUUCCAAUGAUUAUGAGUAAGAUUUCAACACCUUCAUCAGAAGCUACUGAUAUCAUUAGUCCCAUGUCAGGUUUGGAUGACAACAUGAUUGUGAGAAGUGAUGUGAGGGAGGAUAUGAAUACAGAUGAUGGAUCGGUUGGUUCUGACUCUGUACAUAGUAGUCAUUCUGACUCCCAGACUGAGAGCAAUAUAGGAACGGAGAUGGCUCCUGGUAAAGAACACAUUGAUGCUCAUGACCCAGGUCAUAAAGAGAGUGAAGUAAGUAGUGUGUGUGUCAUUGAUAAAUGUGCUGCAGAUUCAUCUGGAGAUGCGACAGACUUUCAUAGUGGAGAGGACAGAGAUCAGUCUGUGGAUGGUUUUUCAGGUUCAUCUGAUAGUUGGAGCAUUGAAGGACAAGUUAUUGGAAAAGAACCUGAAUUGUCUUCUGUGCCAACACUAGUACCAGAAACUGUGCAUGACACUGUUGUUGACAGUGCUGUUGAUAGUUCAGAUAUACUGAGCAUUUCAGCAGAUGGACUGAAAGAGAGAGAACAAUCAAAGGAAAAUGGUGACGUUGAGGUUGAUGAAAGUGUUAUGCAGCUAGAAAAUAUAACUAAAGAUAUGCAUAAUGAAGUUGAUUCUUCCUUGAAACUUAAUGAUUCUCCAGUGGACAGGAAGGAGUGUUCUCCACGAGAGAAAGAUGAAUAUUUUCCUGAUAAAAAAUCACUGGACAAAGCAGCGGCAACAGAGAGUAAUGCUGCUGAGAGCACAGUUCCUAAAUUAGAUUCAGGGACUCAUUGCACAGCCAAUGAUAAAGACACUUUGGUUGAAACCAGAAGUGUAGAUUGUAAUCUACAAAGCUCAGAUGGAAUGGCAAGAGAUGCAGCUAGUUCCUUGGAACAGCACUGUUCGGUUUCUAAGGAUUCAAAUGACAAUGUAAUGUUUGUGGACAAUGAUGACAGGAGUCAAGAAAUUGGACACACAACAGAUAGAACAUGUGAGAAAGAGGAAUUGAGUUCUCAGCAAACUGUCCCAAGGGGCAGUCAGGAAACAGACCCUAUUCCUGAUGAAAGGGAUCAGGUAGAGAGUGUAUCAGUCAUAUUGGUUGGCAGUGCUGUGAAAUCCCCUCAUUCAUUGAGUGAUAUUUGCCAUGGGAUACUGAAAAAACAGGAUAUGCAUUUAAGAUUGCCCAGUUCAGAAGGUGAUGGAGACACUCAAGUAAUUGAGGCUAAUGUCCAACUAGAAAAUGCAAGAGUGUCAGAAAACCCUGAAACAUCUUUGAAUAAUGAGGAAAGAGAAAAUAAUUCUCAGUGCCUUAGUGAUAAAUCCAAUAAAGAUUCUGUGGCUGUUGACAUAACCAGUUCUGUGGCCAUUGAUCUAUCCAGUUCCAGAACUGAUGAUGAUUUGUCACCAGUGUGCAUUAUUUCAUCUGUGGAAAGUGGUGCUCAUAUCUAUUUCAGUGAAACUGAUACUGAUCUCAAACCAAACACCAAGACUAAUGAACAGAAAGAGAGAAAGAGUGGUCAAACUUCCUUGGCAACCAUUUCACAGCCACAAAGUAUUACAUCAGACACUGUUAUCACAAACACUGUUAGUUCAACAGGUAUUGUUUCUAACACAGGGCAAUCUACACAUGACACCACAACUCCUACAUCUAGUGGUAUUCAAGAUUUCUUUCAUGAUGGAUUAGUAACAAAUUCUUAUCCGGUGAUAGUGACUUCCUCAAUACCAGUGUAUCCUAUACCAGAUGUCCAGCCUGUCUUGCUAACCUCCCAAAACAUGACUUUACCAAGGCAUUCUGGACCAAAACCAAACAAAAAGGAAUCUAAGGUGGUAUCUAAGCCAAGGACUAUCAAGCCGAAAGGAAGUGAGCCAAGUAGUUUUGUUCAGAUGGCUGUUCCACAAGUACCAUCAUUUCCUAUGUUCCUUCCAACAAUUCCAUCUGCUUUCCCACCAGAGGCACAUUCUGACAAAACACAUCAUGAUGACUUCAUUGUGGAUACUCAUGUAUCCGACUGCACACUAACUAUGCAAAACAAGCAUGAACAAUCAGGUAAUAUAACAGAUACAGUUGAACAAGCUUCUGUAACUGAUGCAACUACUGAUGGUGCACAUGAUGACAAUAUUGAUGCAACUCACAGUCAUACAUUGACUAAGCCUGAAGACAGUAAAAUGACAAAAAGUAGUCCUAAUAUUCCUGAAGCAUCCAUGCUUGCAGAUGGUACUAUCAUUAAUAACAAAACAUUAACACCAGAUAGGAUAAACAAUGGUGUGUGCCAAAUGCACAAGACACAAGAUCAAAUGACAAGAGUUGUCUCUGAUCUUGAUGUUAUGCGUUACGAUGAUGAACCACCAGUGCUAGAGAAAGUAAACAACUCUGAUAACUGGGCAGUGGGUGAGCCCAAAAUGCAACCUCUUGAUUCUGAUGCAUCAUUUAAUUUGUCUGAUCAAGAUAUGCGAAAACCUGAGGCUCUGUUAGAGUCUACAACAUCUGUUGUUUGUGAGUCAUCUGAAGCAGAAAAACAGGACCAGACAUACAUAUAUGUUAUUGCUGAGUCAGAAUCAAGUACCAACACCUCUACAAACCCUAGCAGCAAUGAAGCAACUGAAUGCUGCAUAAAAUCAUAAUUUGAAACAUGUGAACAAGUUUCACAAGAAAGGGUUGAGGUGGGAAGGCUGAAUUUGAGGCGAGCACACACAGAAGACUCUGAUGAUAGUGAUGCAACUUUGAUAUACUCAUGUGAUGAAGAAAAUACAUACUUUGAGGAAAUAUUCCAGGAGCCUGAGGGCCCUACCUGGCCAAGAAAUGCCCCCUGGACUGAAAAUGAAGAUGACAAGAACCCACUGUAUGAAGGAAAACUUGUAAUCGUGUCAGACAUUCCUGAAGAUCGUGAUGGUGACAGUACCUCUGACACCAACACUAGCAAUGAAAGGUUAUCAUUGAUCAUAACAACACUAAGGAAAGACCUUGAGGAGAAGAAGACUGACAGAAGACAAGCUGAGAAGGAAGGGGAGAAGGACAAGGACAAGGAGGAUGUCACUCAGUCAAGCACCAAAAUUGCAAGAGGAAAA